UGGAUGCCUCCAAGUAUAACGUAUGUGCCCCCCUUACAAGGCAGGUCGGCUAUUGGGCAGAACUUAAUAUAUAUGUAGGGCCGUGCUGAUAAAAGCAAAUGCCCCCCUCAAAACCUUUAGGUGUUGGGGUAACCAAGAUCUAGGAUCUAAUCCUUUCUUGGCCAGUCUAAACCUCUAAGUGGCCAUGGACCUCAGAAAGCGAUCAAAACCGUUUUUCUGUGGGACAAGGGACAAGUAGUCCAGCUUAUGACUUCCCUCUCAUUCCGCUAACACUUCCAAGUGUAUUUCCUCCUAUUAUUCGGACCUCCCAUUGGAGGCCAUGUCAUUUUUUUCCUGGACAGAGUUUGUUCCAGAUCCCUGGGUCCUGAAUGUUAUAGGAUGGAGUACAGCAUAGACUUUUUAUUUCUUUUCCCCAGGAAAAGUUUAUUUCCACGAAGUUAUUUCUGUGAGAAGCAUGUAGGUUUGUAGGAGUCUAUCCUGGUAUACAGGAGGAAAGGGGAGGGUCCUCUAGGAGUUUAUUCGCCAGUUUUUUUCUUGUCCCAAAGUCUACCGAUUCAUAAGUAAUGACUGUUUUGGAUGAAACCAUCAAAUUAGUCAUCAACGUCCUGAGACCAGGAGCCCUGAUGGUCACACCAGAUUGGUAGGAUGCCCACCAUCUCAUCCCUGUGUGCCAGGCUCACAGGAAAUAUUCUGAGUGGCAUGGAGCCUGGGCAGAUGAAGCUCUUCAGUUUGCCACUUUGUCCUUCAGCAUCCCCUCAGCUCUACAUCUUAACCAAGAUGGUCAUAGCUGUAGUAUUCCUCUAUAAGAGGUUUGGAUAUCGUCCUGUUCUUGGACGAUUGGCUCUUCAUCUUUUCUUCUGCUAGCUCAGUCUUUCUCCAGCAAUUUGGCUGGAUAAUAAAUUGGCAGAAAUCAGAGAUCAACCUCCACACCAGGAGGUUUCUGGGCUUCAUAGUAGAUCGGCCAAUAUGACUUUCUCAUUCUCCAGGAAGGAAGAUGUGUUCCAGAGCAGCAGAGUUUCUCAGGUACCUCGUCAGGCCUCCAUCUGAUGAUGUUUGGCCUAAUGUCUGCGGCUGUGGACAUCGUCCGUGGGCCUUGUGGCAUAUUCACCCUCUUUUAUGGAAGUUCUAAGUCGAUUGAAUCGCACUCCCAGAAGGCUAGAGAUAAGUGCUCCCUGUCAUCACAAAGUCUCCACUUCCUGAAGUGGUGAAAGCAGGUCUAAGAUGGUGUCUUUGAUCCAACCCAUUUGGAUCUUAUUGACGACAGAUACAUCCCUUCUAGGCUGGGGUUCCCAUACACAAGAGGAUCUUGGGGUUCUCAAGAGCUGUGAUGUCAUCCUACCUGAGGAGCUCAGGGUAAUCCGGAUGGCUCUUUCAUUUCCCCCCCCUUAUCAGAAGAAGGCUGUAAGGGUUUGCUCAGUCAACUCUGCGGUUUCCUACUCUCUAGGUCUAGGUCUAAUUCUGUCUUUGGCAGAGCAGAAUCUUUUCUCCCCUUGGCAGUCCAUGUUCAGGGGUCCUGAAUGCAGCUGUGGAUCAUGGGAUCUGAGGUCUCAGUCCAAAGGGAAUUGUCCCCGAGUCAGAAGGUCUUUCAUCAGAUCACUCUCCGGUGAGGUCGCCCAGACUUAGAUCUUAUGGCGACAAGAUUCAAUGCCAAAGUGGAAACAAUCUUCCCUGUUGGGAUGACAAUCCUCUGGCACUAGACGCUCUGUACAUGGAAGUUCAGGCUGGUCUACAACUUUUCCUUCCACUGCCAUGAUACCAAGGUAUUGAUGGAAAUCCGUCAGUACCAUGCCAGUGGAGGUCUUGGUUUACCCAGCUCAUGUAGAUGAGCCGAGGGCACUAUUGGAGACUUCUCCCAAUGCAGAACCCCGAGACACUCAGCUCUGCCUGGAUCCAACUCAUUCUGACAGCCUGAAGAUAGUCGUCCCUUCUAGACUCUAGAGGGCUAUCAGCGGUGGUCUUAAGAACGAUCUCACACUCUAGAGCUCCUUCCACAGUCAAGGCCUAUGGAGUCAAGCUAACGUUUCUUCAGUGGUGUUCAUCAUGAAGUUCCUCAGGACUCUCCGCUGUCUGCUAUUCUACAGUUUAUGCAGGACGGAUAAGGCCUCAGCCCUUUCUACACUUUAAGGUGAAGAUUUCAGCUCUUUCUGAAGCCUUCGGUAGAUUGUUACUUUAUGACCCCCCUGAUUAAGAAGUUCCUUAAGGGAACCAGAUGUUUCAAGCCUAGUUUCUCAAGACCUAGUCCGCAGAGGGAUCUCUCAGCAGCGCUUAAGGGGGUGAGUGGUCCCCCCCCUCUGAGCCCCUGGAAGAGGUGGAGUUCAGGUUUAUUCCUUGGAAAGUGACCUUCUUAUUGGUGCUGACAUUGGAGAACUACAAUGCCAGGCGCUUAGGAAAACUACAGAACCUUUCAGCGUUUGAGCCAUGUACUCUAUUCCUUCCAGAUAGUUCCAUUAUGCUUUACUCACCUUCCUACCUAAGGUGCCUAUAGUACGUAAUAGUAAGUUGUUACUUACCUGUUUUUAUGUCUUUCUCCAUCCUCUCCAGGAGUAGGAUCCCUCCAUGCCCUGGAUGUGCCCAGAGGUGAAGAAUUAUAUUGAGCGAUCCAGGGAGUUCAGAAGAUCAGGGAAUCUUCUAAUAUUUUUUCCUUGGCAGGAAUAAGCAUUCAUGGUGUCCGUCCCUGUCUCGAUGGAAUGGCAGCAGUGCCCAUGUGCAUUGGGCCGAUGGCGAGGGACGUUGACAGUCUAGUGCUGACUAUGAAGGCUAUAUGGUGCGAUGAACAUUUCCAGCUGGACCCCAAUGUCCCCCCUCUUUACUUCAAUGAAAAGUCCUUCUCCUCGGUUGCUCCUCUCCGUAUAGGAUACUAUGAGGAAGAUGGAUUCUUCCAGCCUAAUCCCAGUAUGAGAAGAAUUCUCCUGGAGACCAAGAAGCUUCUGGAGGCAGCCGGACACCAGCUCAUCCCCUUCAGUCCUCCACGGGUGGAUUUUGUCUAUAACCUGUUUGUGAAGACACUUUUUGGAGAUGGAGGGAAACCUCUUGAACACAAGUUUGACAACAACAUCGUGGACCCCAAUCUGAGGGAGAAUUAUCGUCUCUGCAAGAUGUCUGCUGUGGUGAAGCAGCUCAUUGCGUUCUGUCUGCGGCCAAUAUUUCCUCGGAUUUCCAAGGUGGUCCAUUCUUCUGUUGGUGCCAGGUCAUUGAUGGAUUCUUGGGCUGACCAGACAGCAUUGCAGGAUUAUCAGGCAGAAUUCAUCAGUGAAUGGAGGAAGCUGGGCCUUGAUGUGGUUCUGUGCCCCAUGUUGGGUCCGGCCUUCAACAAAGGCUAUGCAGCGCGACUACUUGCCACGAUCUCCUACACCAUGCUCUACAACGUCCUGCAGUUCCCGGCUGGAGUCGUCCCUGUUGGUUCUGUCACCAGAGAUGAUGAGGAGGAGCUGAAGAACUACAGGGGGUACGACAACGACCCCUGGGACUGGCUGUACAGAGAAGCGCUGUCAGGAGGGGUGGGCCUUCCCCUGUCCGUCCAGUGUGUGGCGCUGCCCUAUCAGGAUGAGCUCUGUCUGCGCCUGAUGAAGGAAGUGGAGACCCUCAGAAGAUAAGAGCGUCCUUCAUCCGAAUCAUUGAGCAUCUCUGGGGAGGAAGGGGGGAGGUGUAACUCCUUAAAUUCUGUGUUCACAUGAUAUGGAAUAAAUAUUCAGCGUGGC